AUGGAAAAAUUAAUUGGGAAAAAAACGAGAGAUAAUAAAACCUUUUCGAAACCUUUUCCGGAUAGAGUUGAGAAUAGAAAAAAAUUAAUCAAAGAAAAUGUUUGGUUGAAAAAAAGAUACGAAGCGAGAAUUUUACGUAGGAGAAUGAAAGAACCCUGUCCGCGUAUUAGUCCGACCAUUAAAACGGCCGACCGACCGGCCAAACCGAACCUGCCGGUUAAAAAAGAUGAAAAAAAUGAAAAAAAUAUUUUGUUACCUUCUCUAUACGAAGUUUUGGAAACUCUAAAAGAUGCUUGGCCGCCUCAUCAACCUAUACAAAAAAAUUUCAAUUUAUUUAAGUAA